AUGAUUAGAAGCUGUCGCAUAAACUGGAUAUUUCUUGUUGUCCUUGUGAUUGGAUCUUUCCAAAUAACGCAAACCUUAUUUCCAUGUGUGGAUAAUGACAGGAAAUGCAUUUUAUUCACACAAUGCAGAUCAGCUUUAGAAUUAUUAAAAACAAGACAAGUUGAAUUAUUAAGAAAAAUGUUUUGUGGAUUCGAUGAGGGGAGUCCAAAGGUAUGCUGCCGCCCGGGUAGUGAGAUAGUUUUUCCUAAUGAUACAGAGAAUGUGACUAACAGAUUGAAAAACACUACCACGCCGAAAAUUACUACUACAACAGUGGAAAAGCUAAAUACAGUUUCGGUGCCUCAUACAACGUUACAAAAUGUUAACAGAUAUAAUUUACCUAGUAGAAAAAUAUGUGGUUUUAGUGGUUACGGUAUAGACAGAAUUGUGGGAGGUAAUAUCGCUGCGAUUGAUGAAUUUCCAUGGUUAGUUCAAAUUAAAACCAAAACAAAAUCUCGUAAGCAAGAAAAAUAUACCUGUGCCGGUUCUUUAAUAACAGAUAAAUACGUAUUAACAGCUGCUCAUUGUCUCCUUAAUAAAAUUGCUGUUAGUGUUCGGUUAGGCGAAUGGGAUACCGAAACGGAGCACGACUGUGAAGAAAGCAAUUGCAGUGACCCUCCAUUAGAUAUAGACAUUAAUGAUACCAUCAUACAUCCGCUUUACGAUAUGAGAACAUUCAAUAGUGAUAUUGCGCUUUUGCGGCUUAAAAACGUCGUUAAUUUUACAGAAUUCAUACGACCAGUGUGUUUGCCAAAUACAAAAUACGCGAUGAAGCAAGACUAUGUAAAUGGGACUGUUUUCUGGACUGCUGGGUGGGGUAAGACGGAAUUUGGUGAACCAUCAAUUAUUAAACGAAAAGUAGACUUGGAUGCAGUCCCCAUAGAUGUAUGCAUUGAAAAAUUACCUGUUGUUAAAAGGCUAAACACCCAAAAUGUUAUUUGCGCGGGCGGCAAUAUUGGUAAGGACACAUGUAAUGGAGAUUCGGGUGGAUCAUUGGUGAAAGAAGUAACGGAGGAUUUUCAUACGAACUGGUUCCUUUACGGUAUUACCAGUUUGGGGUCAGCUGAUUGCGGUGGAGAUAUUCCUGCAGUAUACACUAGAAUAGUAUCGUAUAUGGACUGGAUAAUUCAAAAUAUUAGGAAUUUAGCCGAUAGCUUGAGCAGACCAUGA